AUGCUAUCUUCUGUCGCUUGUCUGCCAAUUCGCCCUCGUGAGGAAGAUAAAUCAAUACUUCAUGAUACGACCAAGGAGAGUCACAUGAAAUCACGAUGCAGAGCCGAAGCCAAAGAGAUUACAACACUGAAUAGAGAAAACUCGCCACUCCUACGUCUACCUGGAGAACUUCGAAAUCGAAUCUAUGAGUACGCGCUGUGUCAGGAUUGGAGAAUGAAAUUGAAUGCAAAUCCAUUCCGAAAUGACAGUCCAAGGAUCCACAAACGUUAUUUCAAAGACCUCCAGCGCGUCCUCCAGACCACGGGGGCCUGUAAACAGAUGCACAAGGAAAUGGCGCUCCUGUACUUCAAAUUUGGCACCUUUAUCGUCAACGGCUCUCCGUAUGCAUUCGUCAACCAGUGGCUUAUACAUCGCUCGCUCCCUCAACAGCAGGCAAUCACACGUCUAGUGUUCCCAUGCACAUAUGAGCUGUCGUAUUCUGUAAGGGAAAGCUGGAUGCGCGGUAACUUCAGAGGAGCAGACUUUCGGCCUCGUGACGUGACAAACCUCAAGUUACCCAUAGUACUGCCGGGGUUGAGGAAGAUCACCAUCUCCAUUGAUGUCAGGACUCCUGAAAGGCAUAUAGGGAACGGAACGAUGCCUCGACUGUCCAUCCUUCAGCUAGAAGAGUGGACGGCAUAUGAUAUCGAGGUCUUCAAAGAGGCAUGUCUUGGUGUUGCCGUUGCGAUCAAGUAUCAAUUCUGUCGAGCACUGUACUACAUGGCAUGA